AUGCCUCCAAAGCGCAGUGCGCGCAGUGCGAAAGCACCUCCGAAACCGCAAGCCGUAGGGCCGAAGACCAGGGCGGCCAAGGCCAAGGACGAGUCGUCCGCGCUGAUGGAGGCCACGAAGGCGGCCGAGGAGGUGGUGCGCUCUCGUAGCAGCACGCCGGAGAGCAAGGAGGAGAGUCCUCGGGGCCAUAAAAGCCCGGCUCGCGACUGGGAAGCCGCCGUCUUUGACUGCACGAUGGUCCAGUACUCCGGUGAGAGUUCACCCGACGACGAGAACGUCUCGGAGGGCAGCACGCACGCUGCCGAAGGCACGGAGCUGGCGGCAGGCGACAUGACCAACGCCUCGGCCGACGCAAAGGCCUCGUCAGAGAAGGAUGCGGAGGACGCCGAGUCCGGCUCAGGCGACAGCAAGCAGUCGCACGACGAAGUCGCCAUGGCCGACGCUGGGGUCGUGGCCGAGAAGUCGCCGAGCGACGCGGGCUCCAAGCCCAAGGAGGUGCUGGCACAAGGUCGUGAGCGUGCCCAAGCGUCGAAAGCGGCUGCCGCUGCGAAGGCCGCCGAGGCCAAGGCGAAGAAGCGUUCAGCUUCCAGGUCGCCUCGCGGCUCCAGCUCCAAGCUGUUCAUCGACUCGGAGUCUGAGGACGAGGAGGGUGCCGUCCACGAGCCCAAGGAGCUCUCCAACAACCUCGACGAGCAGCAGCAGCAAUACCACGCUGCUAGCUCGGGUGCGUAUGCCAGGCAGCCGACUGCCACGACUGCCAUCGAGUCUUCUUCAGGCGGGGAUGCCACGUACCCGCAGGGCUACUUCCCGCCCGAGCCUGGCACUGGUGCGUCAGCGCUGUUGGAGAAGCUCUCGGCUCCUCGUGGCCUUAUCGGCGGGUACACCUCGAGGGGUUCCUAUGAGCGUGCUCUUGUUGAGAAAGAGCCACUCUUUCUUGGCGACGUUGAAGUCGCCCGGUGUGUGCUACUAGCACCACACAAGCUCACACUGAAGGAGUUCACCACGCUUCGCAAGAAGCCGAAGGACAAGGGUGGACUCCAUCCUGUGUGGGGUUUCCACUGGGUCAAGCCGAAUGACAACAUGACCUGGAGCGAGGUGGAAGACCUCUUCUGGCGCUACGUCCAGCGCAAAGGGUAUUCCGACCAAGAGUUCAAAGAGCUCCGUGAGGAUCGCACUCUGUCCGCUAUCCUGGACCCGCGAGCUCCGCAUCGAGUUCGCUCAAUACGUGAGCUAGCGCAUGCUCCGCCCGAAGAUGACCGAGCUGAAGCAAGAGGCGAGAGCCAAAGCUCGUGA